AUGAUGACAGCAGAUAGAGAAGAAGAAGAAGAAAAAAACGAAGCGCUUGUAUAUUUCGACGAACCGGUAGCCAACGUGACAUUCCUGAGCAAAAGAGCCGUUUGGCCUUGUCAAGGGAAAGGUUUUCGCCAAGUUGUCAGAGAUUGGUGUUUCUUUGGACCGGAAAGCGGGAAUUCGGACUCGGAGAUGGAGUAGGAUGAGUAGUGGGAAUUUCGAAGUAUCAAUUCAUUAAAAAGAAAUUUUUAGAACUCAAUAGGAAAAAAAUAAGCCUUAUAGAUUUUAUUUGACAAGUUUUUGCGGUGUUGACUGUUUUUCAGUUACCUUUUUUUCGAAUAAGGUUUCAAUUUUUCAUUGCUUUUCUCGGAGAAUGUGUGUUAAACCUCCUUUGGUAAGAAAAACUCGAGAUAAAAUCUUUUUAAUGCAUACCGAAAGGUAGAAAAUCGAAAGACAGGUCGAGAAAAACUUGUUGAUUUUUUUUUCAAUUUUUUCUCCCGCAAACUGGUUCAAAAAAACCAAUUAUAAGACCGCCCUCUCUUGAAAAAAACGAAAAGGACCAUUUCGAAAAAGUGCGGACUUUUAUAAGAUCAAGAAAAAAAUUAAAAUUGAAGCAAAAAAACCAAAAAAACACAUCUAUUUUUUUAAAGUAAAAAAAGAUCUUCGGCUUGAUCACUAUAGGGAGGAAGAACCAAAAGAUCAUGAAAAAGAAGGAAAAGCUUCAGAAGAACUCCAAACCACCAGUUUUUGUGGAUUUUCAAUAUUUGUCAAGCGAAAACGACCUUGUAGGGGAGAAUGAACAAGUGGGCGAGAGAAAUUUGGUCAGAAAAAACGUGUCGGUUUGGAUGAAGCGGAAAAGCGAGAAAGGUCAGAUUGGCUUUGCCAGCCGUGUGUGUGUUGCAUUUGGCGAGGCCGAGGCAGCAGUAUCCACACGGGUGGCCGAAAAAGCGGAGUAAUCGGCCCACAUUUCGACCGACCGACCGCCCGACGACGGUCAGAUGAGGACCACAGAACGCAGCGGAUGCGCAGGCCGGUCAGAGACAGCCGUUUCGCGGCGGUAUCUCCGCGGAUCGUCGUCUGUCCCUUGCGACAAGGCAGCUUCCCGGACAUCCUCGGCGCGCUGCGAGAAGCCACGCCCUCUUCUUUGGUUCAAUCUUUUGAACUUGUUAAAAGUGAUUCGAUGGUGUUCAUUUUCUCAAUUCGAAGCCACUUAUGUGUGGGCUUUACUAUGAAAAAUAUUGGGAACGCUAGGCCACGCCCUCUGUUCUGGUUCAAUCAUUUGCUUUUGUUAAAAAGAUUUUUUGCCGAUUUAUCACUUCCAUUUUUCAUAGUCUGAAGUGCUAAGGUUUUCAGCACUUCAGACUAUGAAAAAUCUCUUGAAACGCUAGGUCACUCCCUCUGAUUCGGUUCAAUCUUUUGAACUUCGCAUUUGGAAUGGCUUAUCGCGUUGCGAUACUAAGAUUAACUUUACUGUCCGCACUUUGAAUCUGACCUACUUAAAUUCUGUACCGCGAAAGUCGUUACUGGACGGUUACCUUUGAAUUUACGUGUUGAGCCAUUCCAAGUGCGGCCAACGAGUUCCGAGUAAGAUCAUGA